AUGAGAGUUUACACUUGUCAUUUCUGCUCAUCACCAGUAUAUCCUUUGCAUGGGAUUAUGUUCGUAAGAAAUGAUGCCAAAGAAUUCAGAUUUUGCCGUUCCAAAUGUCAUAAGGCAUUUAAACAGAGAAGAAAUCCACGUAAAUUAAGGUGGACAAAGGCAUUCAGAAAGGCAGCAGGGAAGGAAUUAGUAGUCGACUCGACGUUAACAUUUGGUGCUAGGAGAAAUGUACCAGUUAGAUAUAACAGAGAUUUGGUUGCAACAACCUUGAAAGCAAUGGCGAGAGUAGAGGAAAUCAGAACAAAGAGAGAAAGAGCAUUCUACAAGAAUAGAAUGAGAGGAAAUAAGGAGAAGAAGUUAGAUGCAGAUAAGAAAUUGGUCGAAAGGAAUCCUGAGUUGUUGAGAAUGAGGGAAGUUGAAUUAAAGAGAAAGGCAGAAAAGAAGGCAGCCAAGGAAGCCUCAAUGGACAUUGAAGAAGAAGUUGCUUCCGAGGAUAUGAUUAGCGAGGAUGAAGAAAUGGAGAGUGAAUCAGAGGUCGAAGAAAAGAAGCAAAAGGUAUUGCUUACAAACAAAAAGAAAAGCAAGAGAGCGCUGCGUUUAGCGCAAUAA